CCAGCGCCAGGGUCGCUCUCCCGCGUCCCGCCGGACUCCAUGCCCGCUCCGCGGGGCCGAAGGGGGCACUUCGCCCCGAUGUCUUUGUGCUGGACGCGGCGCGGGAAGAGCCGCCGGGUGUCCAGAGCCACGACUGAAAUGCAAAAAAUUCGGGAGAGGUGCGGGCGCGAGCGUGAAGACGUUUCGUACUGUCGUCGUCCCGCGGGGGAAAAAAGUAGAAGGAGGCAUUUUGGGCCAAACUGUCGCGUCUGAGACCACGUUUUAGAGAAAUGACUCACGGGGGGAGAGCACACGGUGUGCAAGGGACAUUGUUCGCUAGCGCCGGUCCGGCGCGCCGUGGGUGCGCGGCCACCGCCCCCCGCCCGGGCAGCCCGCGCGGGCCCACGUGGAGCAGCGCGGCGCUGGCCGAGCGCGCCUGGCCGCUCGGAUCCCCGGAGUGCGCGCCCCAGCUCCCCGCCGCGGUCGUUCACGCCCGAGCGCCACCGCUGGUCCCGCGUGUGCCCCGCUGAGGGGGAGGGGCGGGCCGGGGGUGGGGGCGGAGGGGUUGUGGUUCCACUGCAGCGGGGGCUCCUGUGUCCUUGUGCGGAAAUGACACACGGAGUCCCGUCACGUCACGCGAGAGCGCAGCGCACGGACACACACAAAGAGAGGGGAAAAUACACGGCGCCCGCCCGCCCGCCGCCCCCAGCAACUCCCCGGGCCGCCCCGGCCAGGCCCUCCGCGCGCGGCCCCCACUCCCGGCCCCGCGCCCUCCCCCCGCACGUGGCGCCCAAACUCGGCGCGGGCCCGCUCCGCAAAGUACAGAACUCGUGUCCCAGUGGAAUAGAAGAUGAACUCAGCUGAAUUCGGUGAAGAUGUAGAAGAAGUUCUAAAAAAUAACACUGUGAAGGUGGAGACGGAGGCUGAAGAUGCUGCCCUGGACUGCUCAUUGAAUCCCAGGCCUUCCGAGAAGCACCCUCUGGACAGCGUCUUUACUGCCCUCCAGGACUCCAGCAAACGAAAGCAGCCAGGCAGCGAGGGCCAGCCAGAUUCUGUCCCCAGCGUGAAGAGGAGGCGGCUGAUACCUGAGGCACUCCUCGCAGGCAUGCGGAACCGCGAAAACAGCUCGCCCUGCCAGGGCAACGGAGAGCAGGCGGGCAGGGGCAGGAACGUAGGCUCCGUGUGGCCGGCGGAGGAGGAGCCCUGCAAUGAUGCCACCGCCCCUUCCUACAAGAAGCCUCUCUAUGGCAUCUCGCACAAGAUCAUGGAGAAGAAGAACCCUCCCGUGGGGGACCUGCUCAACACCUAUGAGCUCUUCGAGAAGGCCAACGCCAGCAACAGCCCCUCCCCUCUGCGCCUGCUGAACGACCCUCAGAAGCGGGACUGUGGCGGCGCAUCGGGAGCAACCACUGACGGCGACCCCAACAUCUACUUUCUGAUCCAGAAGAUGUUCUACAUGCUCAACACUCUCACUUCCAACAUGUCCCAGCUGCACAGCAAGGUGGACUUGCUCUCCCUGGAAGUGAGCCGCAUCAAGAAGCAGGUGAGCCCCUCUGAGCUCGUGGCCAAAUUCCAGCCGCCCCCGGAGUACCAGCUCACUGCCGCAGAGCUCAAGCAGAUCGUGGACCAGAGCCUGUCAGGCGGUGACCUGGCCUGCCGCCUGCUGGUGCAGCUCUUCCCUGAGCUCUUCAGCGACGUGGACUUCUCCCGCGGCUGCAGUGCUUGUGGCUUUGCGGCCAAGCGGAAGCUGGAGUCGCUGCACCUGCAGCUCAUCCGCAACUACGUGGAGGUCUACUACCCCUCGGUGAAGGACACCGCCGUGUGGCAGGCCGAGUGCUUGCCGCAGCUGAAUGACUUCUUCAGCCGCUUCUGGGCCCAGCGGGAAAUGGAGGACAGCCAGCCAGGGGGCCAGGUCACCAGCUUCUUUGAAACUGAGCAGGUGGACGCCGGCCACUUCCUGGACAGCAAGGACCAGGAGGAGGCCCUGUCCCUGGACCGCAGCAGCACCAUCGCCUCAGACCACGUGGUGGACACGCAGGACCUCACCGAGUUCCUGGAUGAAGCCUCCUCGCCGGGCGAGUUUGCCGUCUUCCUCCUCCACCGGCUCUUCCCGGAGCUCUUUGACCACCGGAAGCUGGGCGAGCAGUACAGCUGCUACGGCGAUGGCGGCAAGCAGGAGCUGGACCCGCAGAGGCUGCAGAUCAUCCGCAACUACACAGAGAUCUACUUUCCCGACAUGCAGGAAGAGGAGGCCUGGCUGCAGCAGUGCGCCCAGCGCAUCAAUGACGAGCUGGAGGGCCUGGGGCUGGAGGGAGGCAGCGAGGGCGAGACGCCACGGGACGACUGCUACGACUCCUCCAGCCUGCCGGAUGACCUCUCCGUGGUCAAGGUGGAGGACAGCUUCGAGGGCGAGAGGCCGGGCAGGCGCUCCAAGAAGAUCUGGCUGGUGCCCAUUGACUUCGACAAGCUGGAGAUCCCGCAGCCUGACUUCGAGGUGCCGGGCGCCGACUGUCUGCUCAGCAAGGAGCAGCUGCGCAGCAUCUACGAGAGCAGCCUGUCCAUCGGCAACUUCGCCUCCCGCCUGCUGGUGCACCUCUUCCCGGAGCUCUUCACCCACGAGAACCUGCGCAAGCAGUACAACUGCAGCGGUUCGCUGGGCAAGAAGCAGCUGGACCCUGCCCGCAUCAAACUGAUCCGCCACUACGUGCAGCUGCUCUACCCCCGGGCCAAAAACGACCGCGUCUGGACUCUGGAGUUCGUGGGCAAGCUGGACGAGCGCUGCAGGCGCCGGGACACGGAGCAGAGGCGCUCCUACCAGCAGCAGCGCAAGGUCCACGUGCCAGGCCCUGAGUGCAGAGACCUGGCGAGCUAUGCAAUCAACCCCGAGAGGUUCCGAGAGGAGUUUGAGGGGCCCCCUUUGCCCCCUGAAAGGAGCAGCAAGGACUUCUGCAAGAUCCCCCUGGACGAGCUGGUGGUCCCCUCACCCGACUUCCCCGUGCCUUCUCCCUACCUGCUGUCGGACAAGGAGGUGCGUGAGAUCGUGCAGCAGAGCCUCUCCGUGGGCAACUUUGCCGCCCGGCUCCUGGUCAGGCUCUUCCCUGAACUCUUCACUGCCGAGAACCUCCGGCUGCAGUACAACCAUUCUGGGGCUUGCAACAAGAAGCAGCUGGACCCCACGCGACUGCGGCUCAUCCGCCAUUAUGUGGAGGCCGUGUACCCCGUGGAGAAGAUGGAGGAGGUGUGGCACUAUGAAUGUAUCCCCAGUAUCGACGAGCGGUGUCGCCGCCCCAACAGGAAAAAGUGUGACAUCCUCAAGAAAGCCAAGAAAGUGGAAAAGUGACGGCCCGUGGGCUGCCCAGAGACUUGGGGUCAUGAAAGGCCGAGCGAUGGGCACCCUUGGGCCUGAGUCACUUGGAGCAUGUGUAUGGUAUCCACAGACAGGCACCUUAUGUCAGUGGGGAGUGGCUUCCUACAUUUGCACACGUAGACACCCACCCACCCAUGAGAAAGCAGCCUUGAAUUUGGUCUCUUGACCGUCCUGUAUUCCCUGGUGGCACAGCUGGAGUUUGGGGGGAGCCAGGCUGUGAGCAGCCAGACUAGAGGAAUAGGUCCUCUCUCCUUUCUGUGCCCUCCCCCGCCACUCACAAUCCAAAAUGCAAAUUAAGCAGCUUCUGUUCCUCUCCCCACAUUUUACAUCUUCCAUUUUUAACUUUUUCUUUUUUUUUUAAUUAAAAUGAACCCCUUUUUUAAAGAAAAUCAUUGGGCUCUUUGGAGGCCAAUUUACUUAGAAAAUCUUUUUAAGUAUUUGAGAUGAAGUACUGUAAGAUAACUUCAGUUGCUGGGAUUUUAAAAGAUGAUUUCAGAGAUUUAUGAAUUUUUUAGAAGUGCCAUGUUUGUGCAUGAUGGGUAAUCAUAGCUGCAGGUGGCAUGGAAACUGAUUUUACUGACCUUGUCUUUGACAUGUGAUUUUGGAGGAGUCGAGAUGCCCCUUGGACCGCAGUAGAGGGGUUGGAAUAGGAAUAGCAUGAAGUCCUUUCUGACCACAUGCAAGAUUCCCCUUCUGCUGUGGUGCCCAGGAAGGUGACUGUCGUGCUCACUCUGUAGAUGAGAACACUGGAUGAUGAUAUGAAUGUAGAUAGACCUGGAAACACACUUUCACAAUGUCUUCAUUUGAGCUAUGUCCUUCCAUGGCCCCCUGUUCCCUCUCCACACUGGGUGCUGGUUGGAGGGGCAGAUUCGUUUCCUUGGAAAAUAAUAUGUGUGAGCAUUUGGCUUCUUGUUGGAUUGGAGGGUGGGCUUCUUUGGGUUCACCAAGAACUGUUUACUUUCUGUGCGGGUAUUUGUACAAAAUCUAGGUCUGGGAGCUGAGUGGUGACUUCCCCAGACCUCAACGUUAGCUCCUCCCAUUAGCGAGGCAUCCUUGCUCCUGUGGGCAGGCCCAGGCCUGGGACCCUCUUGGGGAUACCUGAUAUUGAAAGGGCACAGGUCAUCUCAAGUGGGGCUCCCAUGUCCCUUCCCCGGUCCACUCAGAGUUUUCCCCUGGGAACCCCUAAAGGUUCUCCUAUCUUACCCCUGGCCCAUCCCCUGUCUUCUAGGUGCACCUCUCCCCUCCCCUCUGAUGGGGAAGGUCACAUGGCUCCAAGUCAGCAGCUUGCUCUCCAGCAGCACCAGCUGGGAAACUUCCCAGAAGGUCAAGUCUUUAAAGGCAGAACUUUUACCUGCCCUACACUGGGGGCCAAAAGGUGAAGAAGGAAAGGAAGCAGUCUAACCCGAACUGAAUGCAUCUUACCAGAGACCUGGGAAAUUGAUUCACACCGCCUAGUCAUAAAACCUUGAGGACGUUACAGAUUUAAUGUCCUAAUGGUUUUGUACUUUGCUACCUUCAAAUGCAGAAAUAAUAGAAAUAACCUGUGAAUUUUCCUCAUACAGUAAAGAACUUUAGUUCCAGUAGCUAUAUGACGUACUUUUGCCUUCACCCAGUGGGCAUUUGUUUAUAUAACAUAGAAUUUUGAGCUGCUUAAAAAUUGCUCUUUGGUGUCAUUUGCAGACUAUUUCUGUUAAAACUGCAAACCUGAAUUAUUGGAAAUGAAAAAUGCACAGGAACUUAAUGACUCUGUCACACGCACCCACACAUGCAAACACACACACUUCUUACUAGAAAACUUAAGUGAGACGAAGGGGACCUCAGUGAAUUCAAGUUUGCCUUUGUGCCUGGAAAGAAGGGAUGGGGCAGCCAGGAGACUCACUUCCCCGCUCAGUUGGGCUUUUCUUUCUGCCUUAGACUCUCCGCCACAUAUACACGUGCAUGCACCCUACCCAAAGAUGGCUGUGGCACUCUCCUGCCGGCCCCUCUGGUUGGGGGUCCCCUGGAAUUUAUUCUGGUCUCUAGGAUGUAUCCAAGAGGAUUCCAAGCCAUGUGAAAAUUGCCCUGCUUUCUAGAGGGUGAAUGUAACCCUGCAACUUCAGAAGCACAAUCAAUUGUUAAUUUUUUAAAAAUUCCUGUUUGCUUAACAUUAUCAAAAUCAACAGGUUCUAGAAAUUAAAUAUGUCUCUUUGUUACCCAGAGCAUGUUAAAUUUUUGGAAACUGUGGUUUCCUUAAUACCUUUCUUGUGUCCUGUCUCUCCCCGCCUCCCCUCCAUCAAAUCCUACAGUCCCUUUCAGUGAAGAGAGGUGGACACCCUCUGGGAGCUGUUUCCUGUCCCCCUGGACUGUGUUCUGUCUUUAUGGGGUCCUCACUUCUGCAUCCAUGCAGGCAGCUCCGGUGGGCAUGUUUUUUUUUUACAUGAAGCAAUAGAAAGUACAAAAUACUUAUUUUUUCAGAACUUAAUGUGUUCCAUAAAAUCUGUUGGCAUCCCCCCAUCCUUCUCCCCAUCUAAAUUCUUUGGUUUUUACUUGUUUGUGUUUUGGAUUAUCUUCUGCCUUGUAUCCCAAGGACUAAAGAAUUAGCACAGACACAUUCUGACGUUGAUAGUAAGUCACGGUAGGUGGUAGUGGUCAUGGUUCUCUCUGUUCGUAGGUUGUUGAAGAAUGUAUGAAGAUAGUCAUGAAUGUACUAAGCGUUCGGAUCCUGCUUCAGUUCACAUGGCCGCGUCGACAUGACGACAGAAGUUUGACAGGGAAUCAAGUGGUGUCUGGUGUCAUUAGCACUAGUGUACCCCUCCCCCUUCAGUGUUGGCUCCAAACCUUGCUUUCCUUUCAAGUUAGGGGGCAUAUCAGCAGCAAUUAUCAACCACCCAAGGGAUCUACUUAGUGGUGACUGGAUUGGUAAGAGUUCUGGCCUGACCACACCGCAGCAUGGCCGCUUGGGUUCCUGUAGAGAUGGCCUCAGCUUCCACCUUCCCCCCCCAGGGGCUGCUUCUUGCCUGAUUGAGAAGGGUUCUCAAGACCCCUGGUUGGAGGUCAUUGAGCUCUUGCCCUGCCUGGCUGUGAUGAUUCUGUAGGGGGGGUGGGGGCCAGGGGUGUCCCUGCUGUUGGGAACACUUGCCUCUUGUAGAUCCAGCCUUAAUGUUUUCUGACAUCCUAGUGAGAGCAGACCCUGCACAAAGUGGAUAUCAGAGUUAAUACUGUGAGGAGACAAAAUAAUGAGAAUAGUUUUACCAAAGAUAAUGAAAUAUCGCAUAACGUCUGCAUAUUACCAUUGAAUUGAGUGCAUCUUUAGAAAACUGAAUGUAACGAAAACCCAGGACAUUUUUGGAAAUUGUAUGCUCUCUAGCAACUUUGUGUGAAUUUUUAUAC